GCACUGGCUGGAGCGAGCGGGUCUAUUGACAGCUGCUGACAGCUGGGGCAGGAGCAGGGGCCAAAGGGGGGCAGCGUCCUCAGUUCUCGGGUCCGCGAUCCUGGCAGCCUUCAGGUUUUGGCUGAACGAAAAGGACGCGCCUGCCAUCUGGUCGCCGCUGCCGGGAAGGGCUGCGUGGUGUCCUGGGGGCCGGUGGGCCCGGCGCGCUGACCCCGUUUCCCCUUUCCCGCUGAUUCCCCAUUUCCGCGGAGCCGGCUGCCCCCGGCUCUUGCGCGACGUUCCCUGGCCUUGCUGCCUGCCCGGGGCGCUGGAGGCCGGAGUCCCGGGGCCUGGCCGGGUCUGCGCACCCUGCGGUGGUGGAUGAGCGGCCCGGGCGGCGGGGGCUGAGCACGGCCCGGGACCCUCAGGGCCAGCUGCUGGCGGGAUGGACGCCCUGGAGGAGGUGUUUCGGGCCAACGGGAGCACAACCCCGCCCCCGCCCGUGGCGCCCAACAUCAGCGUGCCACAUCGCUGUCUGCUGCUGCUCUAUGAGGAUAUUGGCACCUCCAGGGUCCGGUACUGGGACGUCUUGCUGCUCGUCCCCAAUGUGCUUUUCUUCAUCUUCCUGCUUUGGAAGCUUCCGUUCGCUCGGGCCAAGAUCCGCGUCACCUCCAGCCCCAUUUUUAUCACCUUCUAUAUCCUGGUGUUCGUAGUGGCGCUGGUGGGCAUCGCCCGGGCCGUGGUGUCCAUGACGGUCAGCACCUCGGACGCUGCCACCGUUGCUGAUAAGAUCCUGUGGGAGAUUACCCGCUUCUUCCUGUUGGCCAUCGAGCUGAGUGUGGUCAUCCUGGGCCUUGCCUUUGGUCACCUGGAGAGUAAGUCAAGCAUCAAGCGGGUGCUGGCCAUCACCACAGUGCUGUCCCUGGCCUACUCUGUCACCCAGGGGACGCUGGAGAUCCUGUACCCUGAUGCCCACCUGUCGGCUGAGGACUUCAACAUCUAUGGGCAUGGGGGCCGCCAGUUCUGGCUGGUCAGCUCCUGCUUCUUCUUCCUGGUCUACUCUCUGGUGGUCGUGCUCCCCAAGACCCCGCUGAAGGAGCGCAUCUCCCUGCCUUCACGGAGGAGCUUCUACGUGUAUGCGGGCAUCCUGGCGCUGCUCAACCUGCUGCAGGGGCUGGGAAGCGCGCUGCUCUGCGCCGACAUCAUCGAGGGGCUCUGCUGUGUAGAUGCCACCACAUUUCUCUACUUCAGCUUCUUUGCGCCCCUCAUCUACGUGGCCUUCCUCCGGGGCUUCUUCGGCUCGGAGCCCAAGAUCCUCUUCUCCUACAAAUGCCAAGUGGACGAGACUGAGGAACCAGACGUGCACCUGCCCCAGCCUUACGCGGUGGCCCGGCGAGAGGGACCGGAGGCGGCAGGGGCCGCGAGUACACAGUUCGACUCGGCCGGAGGGGUGGCCUACCUGGACGACAUCGCCUCCAUGCCCUGCCACACUGGCAGCAUCAACAGCACAGACAGUGAGCGCUGGAAGGCUAUCAACGCCUGAGUGUGGCCACCCUGGCAGGAAGGCCUGCUGGGGCCCGCAGAGGGCAGACUGGAGAGAAGGCCAGGGCGCGCAAAGCCCCUGGUGGAGGGGGAUGAGGUCACAGGACCUUCUGUGGGCGGCAGCCCCGUGCGGGCCCUGUCCUGCCCUCUGCGUUGCCUGUGGCCACCUCUGCUCUAGCUGGGGGCCGCCUCCCCCUUCCACCUGCCCUCACCCUGCUCAGCGACAUGGCCCAGACUCCGAUCUCCCAGGGCCUGCUGAGGGCGUCUCCUUUCUCCAAAGCCUGCACACCCGGGACCGGUCUGGCCUCCCUCGUCCCUUCCAAAGUCCCCUCCCCGUGGCACUUUGGCCUCUUCAGAGCCCACUCUGGCAGGUGGGCUGAAGUGUGGAUAUUUUCUUGAUCUAUUUUUUAAUAAAAAACAAAAGGAGCAGAA